AUGAGCUCCAUACCACCUGUACGAGAAGACAGAAUCAUUCAUGAGCUUCCACUGUACUUUAGAAAGGAUGCUGCGGUGCACACCAAAGAUGUCUUCCAUGUUACUGUGCAAAAUACAUGUCAGGUUCAGAUGACAGAUCCAGUGGGAUUCAAAGUAGCCAAGGUGAUAGUUGUUGGUGAUGUUGCAGUGGGGAAAACAUGUUUGAUUAACAGGUUUUGUAAGGAUACUUUUGAGAAAGGCUACAAAGCUACCAUUGGAGUGGACUUUGAGAUGGAAAGGUUUGAAGUACUGGGAGUGCCUUUCAAUCUGCAGCUGUGGGAUACUGCUGGUCAAGAAAGAUUUAAAUGUGUUGCCUCCACUUACUACAGAGGGGCUCAAGCCAUCAUUGCUGUGUUUGACCUGAGCAACUAUUACUCUCUGGUUCAUGCAAGACAGUGGCUUGAAGAUGCCAUGUUAGACAACGAUCCAUCCAGUGUGCUGCUCUUCCUCGUAGGAACCAAAAAGGACCUGAGUCCUCCAGACUUGUUAGCUGAAAUGGAGCAAGAAGCCAUCAAGUUGUCAGAGGAGAUAAGAGCGGAGUAUUGGGCUGUGUCUGCUCUGUCAGGAGAGAGUGUGAGGAAUUUCUUCUUCCGGGUGGCAUCACUUACAUUUGAGGCAUCUGUACUAGCUGAACUUGAAGAGAAGAAAAGUAGACAAAACAAUGACAUUAUUAAAAUCACAGAUGAUCGCAGUGAUUUAAAUUCAUCAAAAAAGAAAAAUGCUAACUGCUGUAACUGAGUGGAUGAAGAAUAACAUUAUGUGUAUGGACUUCUAAGGAUGAACCAGAGACCCUGGUUGUUCAGGUGUACAGACUGUGGUGUUGGGCU